AUGGGUUCUUCAAAAAUUAUUGCCAAGGCUCGAACUCAUUACACUAUAAAUGGUCCAGGAUGUCCCAUAUUACGAGAUGGUCCUUAUCUUUAUAAAGAUGUUUUAGGUGGAUUGUGUCUAACAUGUGCUGAAUAUGGAUAUGGCGUAUUUGAUAAUCUAAAAGAGCUAGUUAUUAAUGAUAUUAUGAAUAAAGAUAAACAGAAUAAACUUAUUAAUGAAAUUGAAUAUGUGCAAUGA